AUGCAGACGACGCUUGGGGCCGACCUGAACUGCGCCAAGGGUGUGAAGCAGGGCAAGAGAACUCCGCAGGAAAAAAUCGACGCCGUGAUUGCCAAGAAGGAGGCGCAGAUACAAAAUGCAAAGGAUUCGGCUGCGCGCAGCGUGAACAAGUGGCUCAUCAAUGCGGGCAUCGAUGUAGAGAAGUUGCCAGCUCCUCCUGCAGUACCGACUCAUACGGUCUACAACGCAAUCAACCGAUGCGUGGCUCAAGUCCAAUUUGGUGCCACAUUCCUGAUGCGAUUUGCCAUCAUCCUGGCAGACAGCACAAUACAUUGCCAUCCUGGUGUGGUAGGCCAAGAAGGGCGUGUUUGCGCAAUUGACAUCACCGGCAUGAUGGCCACACUGAGCCUCAGCAUUCGCUUCUUCUCUUUAGUUAGCAACUCCUGCAUUAACAUUGUGGGCCGCGCAGACGGGAAUGCGAAUUGCGUGGCAUCAGUCGCAGGCAUCACAGGUGCAACCAUGGCCUCAACCUCUUCUGGCAUGAACUUGGAGGCGGCCUGCAAGACCGCAUUUGGCGACUGGAACCCCGACCAGUGGCCAUCAGGCAGCAACGAGAUUCCUGUCGAGGACGGAAACGUCAUACUUCCGGAUGUAUGA